GUGUAAUAAUUGAAUCGCAACUCGCAAGUGCGCAACCUAGCUUGACUAUAAAUAAGUAAAGUGACCCAAGGGGCCUUGAUACAAACAUCACAAACUAAACUAUUAUAUCCUCUCUACUGCGACUACUACUUUUUACAUACACUCUCCUUUUCUUAUCCAAAACCUUCUAGAACAAAACCAUGUCUCAGCUAUUCACUGAGUUAAUACCGAGUUUACCCGAAGAUAUCGCGCUCGAGUGCUUGACUCGCUUACAUUUCUCUGCUCAUCGGGUCGGCUCUCAAGUCUGUAACCGUUGGAGAGAGCUGCUCCAGAGUAAGGAGUUCUAUUAUCACAGGAAGCAAGCGGGUCAGACCCGGAAGAUGGCUUGUUUGGUUCAGUCACUCCCGAGUCCGACCGAGUCGACUCGGACGAAACCCGCUGGGCAGCCGAGUUACGGCGUUUCCGUUUUCGACCCGGUUUUCAUGUCCUGGGACCGGGUCGACCCGGUCCCGAAGUACCCGGACGGGAUCCCUCUGUUCUGCCAGCUGGCAAGCUCGGAAGGCAAGCUGGUGUUGAUGGGCGGGUGGGACCCGGUGAGCUGGGAGCCCGUGAAGGACGUGUUCAUGUACGAGUUCACCACCGGGAGGUGGACCCAGCGUAAAGACAUGCCGUCGAGCCGCUCAUUCUUCGCCGUCGGAGCCAAAGACGGGAAAGUCUACGUGGCGGGCGGGCACGACGAGAGCAAAAACGCGCUGAAGAGCGCGUGGGUGUACGACAUAUGCGGCGACGAGUGGAGCGAGUUGAGUCCGAUGAGCGAGGAGCGAGACGAGUGCCAGGGGGUUAUAAUUGGGAACGAGUUCUGGGUGGUGAGCGGGUACGAGACGGAUGGGCAGGGCGAGUUCAAGAGCAAUGCGGAGGCGUUUGAUAUGGAGACGAGCGAGUGGAGACGAGUGGAGGAGGCGUGGAUGGCGAGUCAGUGUCCGAGGUCGUGUGUUGGGGUGGGGAAGAAUGGGGGCUUCAUGUGUUGGGCUGAGUGUGACUCGGCUGUACGAGUUGGGGCGUGUGGGGUCAGUUUGGGUGACUGCAGCUUGGUCACUGGUUCAGAGUACCAAGGGGCCCCUCAAGCCUUCUUUCUUGUCAAUGGGCAGAUUGGUAAAUUGCUCAAAAUUGAGGUUCCUAGUGAUUUUUCUUCCUUCGUCCAAUCAGGUUGCUGUGUCGAAAUCUAGAUGUCGUUAGUUCCGAAUCCGAUCCCAUGGCAGCGCCAACUUUUUUCGGAAAUGGAGUAACUGAGGUUUCGGGUUGACCCGAUUCUUGUUCGGGUUUUCCCUCGGGAACAUCUUGUUUGGGCUGCGUUUCUUUUUGUUUUUUCUGCUUUUGUUUAUAUAUAUAUACACACCAUAUCUUUCUUUUGUACUGUAUGAUAGUAUGAUUAAUAUGAAUAUCAGAAUAUAAUUAAAUUA